AUGACGGCAGGUUGCCAUGACAAGGCGGUGCUGCUCUACGAGUACGUGGGGAAGCGGAUCGUGGACUUGCAGCACACGGAAGUACCGGAUGCUUAUCGAGGGAGAGGAAUAGCCAAGCACCUGGCGAAGGCAGCUCUGGACUUUGUGGUGGAGGAGGACCUGAAAGCUCACCUGACGUGUUGGUACAUUCAGAAAUACGUCAAGGAGAACCCACUGCCGCAGUACCUGGAACACUUGCAGCCUUAAGGCAGGACUGCUCUGACACCAGCGCGCCUGUCCCUGACUGUUCAACGCGGCCUUCGCUUCUCUGCGGUCUCAGGAAACCCCCCUCCCAUGCUCACAAUUCCCAUUUUUUUUUUAAAGCUCAUCCAUGUGGUGCAUGAGUGUGGGCACCUCCUCCUCUCUGCCCAUGGGUGAGCAUGGCUACGGCCCUCAGGCCAGGCUGGCCGUGGGCACACACGGUGCCCCCCGGUGCUCUUCUUCCCAAGCCACGGAGUGGAAGAGGAUGAUUUUUCCACCAAACUCCAUCACAAGACCAGGGGAUGACUUGUGCUGCGCCUUUUUCUCUCCCCUCUGCUGGGUGCCAGCUGUGAACUUGCUAGGGGAUGUUGGUUAGGGGUGGUUGCGGGCUACCAGCCCCCCUUUCCUCCCAGCAGCUGGGGGAGAUGCUGUGGAUUAAGCUUUGUGGGACAGAGGGAGAUGCUGGAGGAGCCUCAGCCCCCUGGCAGGUUCAUCCCUUGUGGCAUCUGCUGGGCACCAAGCCUUGCCCAAACCCACUUGGGGCACAGGUGAGAACAUGUGGGACGUGGUGGUGCCUCAGGGGCUGUGCUGCACUGGCUGUGGAGAUGCUGGGAUGGUGACACCUUCGAGCCUAGAGACAGGAGCCAUGCGAGGAGUGGGCUUUGGCCACGGGGGCCACAGCAGAGCAUAUGCAAUGUGAGCACACAGAGGAAGAAAGGCAGCUGAGUUGCAGAAGAUGCUCCCUGGAGAUGCCAGCUCCUGCCCAGCCUUCUGUACAUAGUCCUGGCGUGGCAUCCCCGCAGAGUCGCCAUCGUUCCUGUCUCCGAUUCCUGCUCUUGGUGUUGUCUGUGCUGGUGUGGACACAGCCUGCUCAGGAGAAGAGCACCAGCCCCAAGGGCCAGCCCUGGCCUAAGCAAUGAGGGGACAUCCCGUGCUUUUGCAGGCACCAAGGUGGCUUUCUGCAGCUGAAGAGGAAGGCUCCCCCCAUCUCCCUCGACUGCACCCCUGUCUGCACCCCAGAUCAUAAGGCCUGAGCCAUCAUCGCAUCCUGAGAGCAAUGAGGGUAAGGCCUCCAGGACCUGGUCCUGGCCCAUCUCCAGGGCUUCAUGCUAGAGCCACCUGCCUCCAUGUGGAUGCUGAUCCUUAUGGCCUUUGGAAAGAAGCCCCAGCUCAGGGCACGACCCGUCUGCUCACUGGCCUCCGAGCCCUGGGUGCUGGCAGCAGCAGGGCUGAACACCCUCACGUUGCGCUGUUACCUCUGCGGGUGAUGACCCCGUAGCACAGCUCAGCGUUGCCACAGUCAGAUGUAGAGGUAACACCGUGACGGCAGGGCGCUGCCUGGCUCCAGCUUGCUGCCUGUCCUGCCUCACCCAGGCUUUCCAGGGCCCGAGCUGGACCCCAGAGCAUCUCCCCACCAAGCUCUCAAGAUUUUGCAGUGUCCCAGGGCUGGGCUGAGGUGGAGGAGAUGGUGCUCCUGGCACACCAGCCACUGGGGGCCGCAGCCAGGCAGAACGAGCUAAAGAGCCUUUCACCUGGAGGCCAAAUCCAGACCUACCUUAUCUCAGCAGGGACUAAAGUUUACAAUCUGUGCCACGGACCGAGUGAAGCCCCGGCCAAGGGGCAGCUCAACCCUCUCCUGCAGCCCAGUGCAAAGUCCACAGAGGCAAAGGCAAAAGUUCCUGCAACCGUCUCUCCUGGAUGGGUUGGUCAGAGAUGGAGACCCUGCGCCUGAUCUCAGCCAGGAACACCCUGAGAUGUUCCUCCUGGCCACUGGCUCGAGGUGAAGCCCUGCUGCCUGCCUGUGCUUUGUGGCUGCCCACCACCAACAUAACACAGUCCUCUGCCUACAGGCUUGAGUAAAACCUCCCAAACUCCAUCCCUGCCACACCGCAGGCUGUGAGACCCCUGCCUGGGGAGGGACUUGUGCCUGGUGGCAGACCCAUCUCCAGCUUGUGCUGCUCAGGAAAAGCAUCAGGCUCAGCCCUGCCACUGCCUCAUGUUCCUGCCCUCUUGCUGCCUAUUUCAGCCUGGCUGCGAGCUUCUGGAUGGUUUAGAGGGACUGGGAAAGGAUCACAGGUAAACAACUAAAGAAAAGGGGUUCAGGAAGAAAUCUGGGCUGCCAAAUGUUCACUCUUUAACAUGCAAAAAACACUUCAACGUCUAGUUCCAGGAGCAAGUCUGGCACUGUUAUAGCCAAGUGAUAACAGAACCGUCCCUGCUCUUGGUCCCAAAGUGAAGCUGAACUGUCUCCUCUCCUGCAAGCCAAGAUAAGACACCGUUGUAUCUUUGUCACAGCAGGGCUGGGUGCUUGGAAGAGGUGUGUGCCUGGUUGCCUCAUGGGAGCAAUAGCGUGAGCCCAGCGCUGCGAGCCUCUGCCCUGGUUUUGUGCUCAUCUCCACUGUGUGACAGAUCCCAGGAGUACCUCAUCGUGUCUGCUGCAUGAGAGCAGCUCGUGGAGGGUGUGCUGGGGUCGCUGCACCAGCACCGUCCCAGUGUCCAAACCCGGCCCUGGAGCCCUUCAUGCUGCUCUGGCAAGAACCUCGUGCUUCCCAGCUCUGGAUCACAAGUGGCAACUGCUGCCUUAAAUCAGGCACAGCACACAGUUUUGCUGCUGCUUCCCUUCGAGGUGCUACAAUCCCUCUGGUGUCUGACCCGACGGAGACGUGUGCCAGUGUCCGUGCCAACCGUUUCACUGCUGUACCUCCGCCCUGGCCUUCCCUUCCCUGCGGUCUUUGAAUAGCAAAAUUCUUCAUCAAUCAAUAGCAAUACCCACAGGUCACCAGUCAUGCCACGGUCCACAGUGCUCCUGUGAUCUGGCACUGCUGGGCAGGAGAUGGCAUGGGGUCCCUCGGCAUUGGGCAGCCCUUCUUCCUCUCUCUUCACCAGCUGCCCUUUCUCAGCUUGUCUCUGCAGGAUGGAGCUUUGAGUCCUGUGUUGCUCCUUGGUGCUGACUAAGCCUGGAGGAGUUGGGGAUCUUGGACUCUCUCCAGCAACAGCUGUGUGGAAGUGGUUUGGUUGAAUAUUGAGGUCCCCCGAGCCCAUUUGAACUACAGACCUGGGUGGUUGGGGAAAUGCAGAUUGCUGUCAAACCUGCUUCCACAUCGCCCGACUUGAAACACCCCCCUCCCUCGUCCCCUUUCCAGAGUUGUCUUCCUCUGUCCAAGGUUUCCAUUCUGUUGAAUUCAGUGGUUACGAUGUGCCUUUCCUUCUCAGGACCUGUUACAAACGACCUUUCUGCUUUUGUUUAUGUCUAACAUUUAUCUUUAUCCCUCUCUCUUGUCAUACUAUAAAACAUGAACAUAUUGCAUGGAAUACAAUACAAUAAAAAGUGUGGCUUAACUGA